AGAAUCACCGAAAUUUUGGUGAUCGUUCGUCAAGAGGAACGAAAGGCGAAAUAUUCCCUAUCCGGAGGGCACUUCCUGGCUUGCUUGUCUUCGCUCGCCUGUUUUCCUCCUCGAACUAUUCUACGACUAUACGUUUCCAAUUAUCUUUUAUUUCCUCGAUUCCUCUCCGAAAUGACUACCGAGGCCACUUCCCUGGCUCCGGCCACCACCACCGAGACCAUCACCAAGGUUUCCAGGCCAGAUGAGGAGGCCUACAAGAAGGAGUUGGCAAAGCUCCAGAAAGAGCAUGAUGACGCUCUUAGCCGAUUCAAUGCUGCCAAGGCUAAACUCGACAGCGCCCUGCCCAAGCAAGGGCAAGAGAGCCCCUUGAUCACACGGAAGAAGGCAUUGCUGGCCCAGGCCGACGAAAUCCGCACGAAGCAGGGCUUUGGAAAGACGGCCCGGUCCGGAAAGAUGGACCAAAUAAAGUCCCUCGACGAGCAGCUCCGUCGCCGGAUCACCGAGCAGAACGCGGCCCGUUCCAAGGUAGCGUUUAAGAGCGUGGGGGAGAUAGAUGCCAAGAUCCAGGAGCUCGAGCGGGACGUCGAGAGCGGCAAGAUGAAGCUGGUCGACGAGAAGAAGGCCCUGGCCGAGGUUAGCAACCUGCGGAAACUCCGCAAGAACUUCUCGACCUUCGACAACGAUCAAAAGGCCAUCGAUGAUCUCAAGGCCAAGAUCAAGGAGAUCAAGGACAGCAUGGAGAACCCGGAAGCCAAGGCACUUAGCGAGGAGUAUGGCAAGGUCCAAGCAGAGCUGACCUCCAUUAAGACCGAGUUGGAUUCGGUCUUUGGCAACCUGACUUCUCUGCGCAACGAGAAGUCCGAACUCCACGGCGCGCAGCAGGCCACCUGGACCGCGCUCAAGAAGCUCAAGGAUGACUACCACACCCAGCGCAAGGCCGCCAUGAAGUGGGAGCGCGAGGUGAGGGAAAAGCGCAGGGAGCGCGAGCAGGGAGAGCGCGACCGGAUCGCGAAGGAGCGCAAGAUGGCUCGGGCCCAGGAGAUGCUGGCCGAGGCCAGCGACCCAGCUUUCGCCGAGCAGAUCCGCCGCGCCGACAACCUGGUGCGCUUCUUCGACCCGUCGCACGCCGUCGAAGAGAAGGCGCCCCUCCUCGCCGACAAGGGCCUUGGCGCGUCCGCCCAGCGCAAGGUCGACGCCUCCGGCUUCGAGGGCAUGAAGCUCGUGCGCAAGGAGGACCGGGAGGAGGACUACCUCCCCGCCGCCAAGAAGGGCAAGAAGGGUAAGAAGAGCCAAGCCUCUGAGACGCCCGCCUCGAAGUUCAGCUGCCCUCCGUCAGUGAUCGAGGACUGCACCUUCGUGGGCGUCAACCCGCCCAUGAGCGCCGCCGAAGUGCCCGAGGUCAUCGAGAAGGUCAAGGGCAAGAUUGCGCAGUGGAAGGCGGACCAGCCGGUUCAGACACAAAAGAACAUCGACAAGGCCAAGAAGGAAAUCGAGCGCCUCGAAGCCGAGGAGGCGGCCGCCAACUCGGGCUCCAACACCCCCGGCAAGCAGGCGGACGGCCAGAAGGGCGACGCCGACCAGACCGUCGCCGAGGCCGCCGAGAAGGUCGCCGAGGUCUCGCUCACCGAGGCGAGCGAGGCGCCCAAGGAGGUCGAGGCCACCGCUUAGACCCCAGAGCGGCAGGUGAACACCGGCGGGCCACGCAGCGCGUCGGCGGGCUUCUCGCCAACAACCACACGCCCUUUGCGGGGUGGCGAUUGGGUUCGCGUGUGAGCGGGCGGGGCUAUAUCCACCGGCUUUUUAUAGCAUCCGUUCUUAAUGUUAUUGCUCCUCUUUUCUUCCAACGGGGAUUCCUCAUUAUUCACCUCGCUUUCUCGAGGGAUGGGGAUUUAGACGGUGGCCGUUCUGUUGUUGUCUUGCUCGGUUUUCGUCGUCUCGACAUCGCCCGGCUCUUCUUGUAUCUACCUUGUGGGGUCUGACGGCGAGGACUGGACGGAAAACGGUGGGAAUCUGGGGGAUUGGGCGUAUAUAUCUCCAAUACCACCCUUUCAUCCCAAAAAUUGCCCCCACGG